UAUCUCACUGUCACACUUCCAAACUCACAUUUUACUGGUUUUGCUGUCUCCUCUUACAGGGAGAAGAUGAUCUGCAGGAUUCUGUUGCUCACCAUCCUAACCUCAUGUGUCUCUGGAUCAUUUGUAGUCAAUGUGACACAGAGCUCCUAUCAGGCAGAGGAGAACCACAACAUCACACUGGAGUGGACGUUCACCACCAAACCUGACAGAGCCAACAAAACUCUCAACAUCCUCUGUGAAAAGACAGCAAAUAAUACAUCCUCAAUCCUGUAUCAGGUUCAUGAAGGUGUUGAGGUGUCAGAGUCUCAGGAUGCAAAGUUUUCAGGACGAGUCCAGAGUGACAAAGACGCCCUCAGAGAAGGACGAAUCAGACUUCAACUGUCCAGACUCAGGACUGAUGACUCGGGUCUGUACCUGUGUGAGGUGAACACUGAUUAUGGUGUGAACACCGGAAAAUGUUGGCUCAAUGUCACCGAGGUUUGGUCUGUACCGCAGAAGGGGAAACUACUACUCAUCGGACGCAAAAUGGUCCACAUAAUCUGUGUAGUGCUACUCCUUGUGUUAUCAGGUGUAAUUUUGUUCUUCAUUCGUGCGGGGAGAUUCUUCUCCUGGCUAUGUAAAAAGGGGUGGAAAACGAAACCUGCAGAAGGAAAACCCAGUGAGGAGCAAAUCACCAUUACCAGAGCUGAAGGACAGCAGCAGAUGUAUCCACAUGAGGCCUAAAACCCGGUGUUCUAACACAACUGAAGAUUUUGUC